CAGUAGUCACUCCGGGAGGAAAAAGCUGGGGAGAAACAAGGAAACACCACCUUAGACAUACAAAUGGUUUACAAAAUGAUUUCUACUUGUCCUACACACCACGAAACCCGUUUUGCGAAGUGUUGGACUACCAUUUUGUAAAGGUCUUUCACAAGGCACACCAAAUAUUAUCUCGCCUGCAUAUACACGUGCAGCUUCACCCUCUGGGACAAACUUAAAGACCUCUAAACACAAUGAGUCAGCACUGAAUACUUUAUGCAACUAAAAUCACAGCACUUGUAUGUAAUAUGCAGACCAUCAAGAAGGAGCCCACCAAUGGGCACUUCAACGGAGAGGAUGCCCUGGUCCUUGCUGUUGCCUUACAGGGUGCGGACACAGACCUGCUUGGUCAGAAGCUGUCCGGCAUCCCUUUCAGAGCCAAAUCCACCCCCUGCCGGCGAAAGCGUGAGUUCAUCCCCGACGAGAAGAAGGAUAGCCUGUACUGGGAGCGCAGGCGCAAGAACAAUGAGGCGGCCAAACGCUCCCGAGAGAAGCGGCGUCUCAACGACAUGGUGCUGGAGAACAAGCUCAUGGCCCUGGGCGAGGAGAACGCCACACUGAAGGCUGAGCUGCUCUCGCUCAAGCUGAAGUACGGCCUUGUCAGCUCGGCUGUCUACGCCCAGGAGGUGCAGAACAUCUCCACCACCACCGCGGCACUUUACCAUGACUAUCUCUUGCCCAGCCCCACCAAAAGCCCUUACAACCGGGAGCUGGACCCAGCCAGGCUGGGCAGCAGCUGCAUAUCUGUCAUCAAGCACUCGCCGCACAGCAGCCUGUCCGAGGGGUCGGAUUCCAGUGCGGCCGCCCAGGCCAGCCCCCUGGCGGGCAUUUGCCGGACCUCGGAGGGCAUAAAGCAGGAGCCCUUUGAAAACGGCAGCUAUCCCCGUGAUCAGGCAAGUCCCUACGAACUGUACAGGAACUACCUGAGCAACCCAUUCCCUGGGCCGUACUCCCAGCCCUCGCCACUCCUGCAGAUCACCAGGUCGUCUAGCAACUCACCCAGGACCUCGGACGGCGACGAUGUCACCAUGAGCAAGUCGUCCGACGGCGAGGACGAGCAGCAGGUGCCCAAGGGCCCCAUGCCCACCGGGUGCGACCCAAAGAGUGUAAUCGUCUCCACCCUCAAAGUGCCAGACUCUGGCUCCUCGGCCCUGCCCCACAAGCUGCGCAUCAAGGCCCGGGCGAUCCAGAUAAAGGUGGAGGCCAUUGAUCCCGACUACGACUCCUCAGGGAAGUCCUCAUCUCCCGUCGAGAUGUCCAGGACGGGGGGCUACCCAGUGGGCCAGAAUGACAUACCUGAAUACAUCCAGUCCUCUUUCAGCCCACUGUCCCUUCAAGUGACGAACGUUCAGAACUGGAACCAAAGACCAGAGCUCUGGCACAAAGAACGUAUGGAGACGCCCAAGGCAGGUGGAGUCAUCUGCCCGAGCUCUCCAGACCUGGUGACUGACAAACUUCUGGUCAAUCUUAAUGAGAACUCCUACGCCGGCACAGACUCUGAGAACUUAUACUUGAAACAGGGCAUUGCCAGCCUGUCCGCAGAAGUAGCCUCGCUCAAAAGACUGAUAACCCAUCGACAAGGGUCUGUGAUCGAGUCGACCAAAAGCACUACUGACCGUGACGCGGUCUCGAAAGUCUGUUUCUCAAACUGAGUGUUCACCUUCUGUUUUGCACAACGCCUGUUUUCCACUGUUUCGCUACUGCACUGUGCAACUCAUAUGGUGUAUAAAAAUAAAAGAGAAAACAAAAAAGAAUGCUGAUAAUUAAUGGUGUGUUGUGCACUUAUUGUUGUAGUUUGGUGUGCCCUCUUGGAAACUCCAUCUGUAGCCCAGAAGCCACUGUCAGGCUAAUGUACAUGCAAAUUAAAUGUUGACUUUUCAAGUUUUUGUUGUACACAAUACACUUUUUUGUUGCUGUUGUUUACAAUAAAUGUAUGUAAGCACUGAA